AUGAGCGACCCAGCUGCCUAUAAUGCGGAGUUUCCGGCCCUCGGAGGAGGAGUAGGAGGAGGGUACGAUGAUGAAGACAGGAAUAAGGAGGGUCGUCGUAGGGGUGGUAACAAUAAGAGGCAACAACAGCAAUUCCAACAGCAACAACAGCCAUACACCGGGAACACGAUGUACCCACGCGGCAUCCCGGUAUCUCCUAUGAUGCAGUUUUCCCAUGGCCCAGGGGUGUCUGCUGGUGCUGCCACUACCACAGCCGAUGCAGCAACGAUUGCCGCCUUCCAGCAGGGGUAUAUAGCUGCGACCAUGGCUGCUGCUGCUGCCGCCGCCCAGCAACAAGGCGUUGCUUGGAAUCCUCCCCCACCGCCUCCGAUGAACUUUCCCUCUCCAUCAUCACAACAACAACAAGAUAGUCUACUCCCGAAUCCAG